AUGGAUUCGUCAUUGAAUCCAACCUACUCUCCUGAUUACAUUAAUUUUUCAAAUGAAGGGCAGUUAAUGGGAGAGGAGAGCUACGAAAACGAAGAAUCACUUUUAGAUAGACCUCUAAUAAGAAACUUUCUAAUUAUAGCCUAUAUAAUAGUCUUUUUAUUUUGUGUUAUUGGAAAUAUAUUAAUUUUAACAGUUAUAAUAACAAAAAAAUCUAUGCGAACAAUAACUAAUUUUUUGUUGGGCAAUUUAGCUGUGGCAGAUUUAUUAGUUGGAAUAUUUUGUGUUGUUCAAACAGGUUUUCAUUUUUUACACUCAGGACAUUCACAAUGGAUAUUUGGUAAAACAAUGUGCCAUUGUUAUUUGUAUCUUGUUAAUAUGAUACCAAAUCUUUCUGCUGGAAUAUUGGUUCUUUUAUCAGUGGAACGAUUUAUUGCUGUUGUUAGGCCAAUGCUUGUUCAAGAUAUCAUGACAUCUCGAGUACUUUUAAUGUCAACAGCAUUAGUAUGGACAUUUUGUAUAAUUAUGAAUCUUCCUUAUCUUAUAGCUGUUCAAUAUAUAUCACAUGAAGAUCCUGAAACAGGAAUACAUAUGGCAAUUUGUACAAGAAAACAUUUUAUGUUAUUUGAUAUUAAUAUUCUUAAAGUUGUAUCUAUAUUAAAUUUAAUAGUAUGGUAUAUUAUUGCUUUAUUAAUAUUAUUAAUAAUUUAUAUAUCAAUUGGACAUAUAAUGAUGAAGUCUUCUAGAAAAUAUGGUAGAGAUAAUUAUCCAUAUAAAGAUAUUAAAAUUUCUAUAACUGCCCAGGAUGGAACAAUUAUUCAUAAGAAUAAUUUUAAUACUCCAUUACUUGAAAAAAAUGGUCAAAAAUUUAGUACUAAUAAUACAGGAAUUGAAAAAAAAAGAUCAUCAUCAAAAAACAUCACAUCCGAGUCAUUUGAUACUAGGAGAAGAGUAAUAAAACUUGUUGCACUUCUCGUAAUAUCUUUUGCUGUUUUAAAUAUGCCUCGUUAUAUUUACUUAACUUGGUCCAUUUUUCGUGAUGUUAAUUCACCUCGAUGUUUAGAUUGUCUUUUGACACUUCUCCAUCCAAUAACUUUUUUGUUGAUGUUUGUUAACAGUGCAAUUAACCCAAUACUUUAUGCAUUUUUAUCACAAAGAUUUAGAAACGCUAUUAGUGACACUUUGACAUGUUACAAUGAAAGAGAAAAGAAGAAAAAAAAAGUAUUGGAAAAUUUACGUUUUACUAGAUUUAAUACGAAAGAAAAUAAUUUUAGUGGUUCAUUUGGGGGAUUACCUACAAUGAAUGUUCAAGGAACUUCACCAAAUUUAAAUAAUGCAAGAAAAUCUGUUUCAAUUACUUUUAAUUCAAAAAUUAAUAUAAAUCAAAAUAGUAGACUGCCAUUAAAAAUACCACAAGCGGGUUUUAAUAUGAAACAAGAAGAGAAAGUUUAUCAAAAUCAAUUUUAUAAUUAG